AUGCCUCUCCCCAUUGGUAGUAAAGUGGCUGGGGUGACGGCAGUGGCAACCCUUACGGGGCUGCCGCUGGCAACUGUGGCUUUCCUUCGCCUCAAGUACGGUCCCACAGUUUUCCAGGACCUGGCGAGCAUUUGGCAAAGACGGCGUUUCCAAAAGUUACUGGCCACGCUGCAACAGAAGAACGUCAAACUUGUCGAUUUCUUCGAGGAACACGCCAAGCAGACACCAGAGAAGGUGUUCAUCUUGUACCAAGACGAGCUGCACACUUACGGAGAAGUGGACAAAGAGGCUAACAAACUGGCUCGGUUUGUGAAGGGAACUAAGGCCGUGAUGUGCUUGGACACUGUAGGGAUAUUCAUGAUGAACGAGCCCAGUUUCAUUAUCUCCUGGUUGGCCUUCAACAAGCUCGGCCUGCAGAUUGCUCUUCUGAACUAUCACCUGACAGGUGAUGCACUCCUCCAUUGUAUCAAAGCUUGUAAAGUGAAAGCGAUUGUCUGUGGAGCAGAUCAACUUUUGAUGGACUCCAUAGAGACUAUCUUGCAUGAACUGCAGGUACUGGGCAUCCGAGUAUGGAUCAUUGGAGACCGGGAGAAACGGCUCAUUCCUGAGGGGAUGAUCCGUGUUCGGACAUGGAACGAGCGCAGUGAUCCAAUACCGCGGAGCGAACGCGAGGGCAUGUCUAACUUUGAUGACGCAAUGUACAUCUUCACCUCGGGAACAACAGGUCUCCCCAAGCCAGUGAAAGUACCGCAUUACCGCCAAGUCAGGACUUCCUUCAUACACCAAUCGUUCGGAUUGACUAAGGAUGACGUCAUGUACACGUCACUGCCUCUCUACCACAGCGCAGCCUUAAAUGUGGGGCUCGUUAAUGUCAUACGAGUUGGGUGUACCGUAGCUCUGACUAAUUUCUCAGUUCGGAGAUUCUGGGAUGAUGUCCGCAGAUACCGUGCCACGGUGAUCCAGUACAUCGGGGAGAUUUGUCGUUACCUCCUUGCACAGCCACCGCGCCUGGAUGACGGCAAGUACUCUCACAAAAUCCGCUACGCUAUUGGCAACGGUCUGCGCCCUGAUAUAUGGGUAGAAUUUCAAAAGCGAUUCAACAUCGGCCACAUCGCUGAAUUCUACGGUGCAACUGAUUUGCCAUACUUCAACGUCAACAUGGACGGCAAAGUGGGAAGCACUGGAAGAUACCAUGGUAUUUUCAGGGCGUUGACCGACUACUUUGUUAUAGUAGAGUGUGAGUUGGAGACAGUUCAACCGAUUCGUGGUCAAGACGGCAAAUGCAUCCUCACGUCUCCAGGUCAACCUGGUCUGAUGUUGGUCCGUCGGGAUGAUAUCGCAAUGCGCUUCGACGGAUACCUUGGCGACAGUUCAAUGACUGAAAAGAAACUGGUCCGAAAUGUGGUGAAAAAUGGCGACUUGUUCAUCAACUCUGGCGAUCUGAUGGUACAUGACAAGGAUGGUUACCUGUAUUUUAAAGACCGACUUGGAGACACGUUCAGAUGGAAAGGCGAGAAUGUUGCAACAACAGAAGUGGCUCAUAUGUUAAACCAGUACUCAGGUGUACAAGAGGCUAACGUGUAUGGCGUACGGGUUCCAGGUCAAGACGGCAGAGCAGGAAUGGCUGCAGUCGUUUUCAGAAAGACACAUCAGCUCGACCCUAAGGCCUUCUACGAUCACGUGGUCAGGUCACUGCCGCUCUACGCAUGCCCAAAGUUUCUGCGAAUCAUGGAAGAGAUGGAGAUCACGGGGACAUUCAAGCACAAGAAGACAGACCUCGCCCGUGAGGGAUUUGACCCCAAUGUCAUAUCAGACCCUCUCUUCUUCAUGGAUGAGGAGAAAAAGACUUACGCACCCUUAGACAAGGACGCCAUGCAAAGAAUUGUCAUUGGAAAGGCCAAGCUAUGA